AUGAAUCAUAUUCCCAGGAUUCAUAUUCCCAGAAAUCAUAUUCCCAGACAAUAUUACUUUCCUGCCAAACAAACAGGGCCUAAGAGAUUUGUCUCUGAUCAUUCCCUCUUCUACAAACAUUCUAAUGGCGCACUUCUCCUCAUUCUCAUCUAUGUUGAUGAUAUACUCAUCACCGAACAUAGUUCUUCUGAAGUUCUGAGUCUCAUUGAUCUACUGCACAACAAGUUUGCUCUCACUUCCUUGGGUUCAGUUCACUAUUUUUUGGGUAUAGAGGUUACUAAAUCCGGCCCCAGCUAUGCUCUGUGUCAAUCUAAGUAUCUCAAAAAACUACUGGAGAAAACUAAUAUGAGCUCUUGUCAUCCUUGCUCCACUCCAAUGACACCAGCAACUCGGCUUUCCAAAAAAGGAGAUGCAAAUUACGCUAGCUGCAUCGACGAUAGGCGCAACACGUGGUUUCUAGAAGCAGCACAAAAUACGAAUACCGGUCUUUAG